CUCCUACAUAUAAUCUCAGUUGGUGCAUGACGUCACACAGCCUGCAUCAGUUAGUGUAGUCAUAUGGCGAUCUCGCAUGAAGCCCCUCAUAUAACGGCAAAACCAAUGGUUAUCAAGGACAUGUUGACUCGAAAAUUCGCUGGGAGGAUGAAAAAAGAAACUCGACUUUUACAGAUCUAAAUUCUAUUUAACACAUCAACAGUUGAACAGCAUGGAACUUACUAAUGACCCACUCUGUGAACCAUCUGCUUCUGAAGCAAAUCUGCACAAUGAGCAGCUUUCACUUUCAGACCGCCUGUCGCCUUCUGAAGCGCCAUUAGAUAGUAUUGUACAUGGAAUAGAGGUUUCAGAGGGUUCAGAACGAAACCGUGGCCUUGAGUUGAAGCUAGACCUCUAUGUCCCGGCACCACCAAUAAUAGAGCCUGUAACACCUGUAGAGGAAACAGUGGAGCAUUGUGCACUUCCUGUAGCAACAGAAGAGGAAAGCCCACAACCUGAAGCCGUUAAAGAAGGAUCAGAUAAAACUGCCAACUUUGUAGGCUUUCAUUGCAAAAAUCAGACAAGUCUUGCUGAGUCAAGUUUGAAUACUGUGAUAGAAGUGCGAUGUGAGCAGGCAUCCAAUGAAACAAGCUCAUCAGACUGUACGGCUGAAAGUUGUAUGCCCGUAGAGACCAUAAACUCAAAUGAAACACCAAAAAGUUGUGCCAAUAUUAAACCAUUAACUGGAAGUACAGUAGACAAUGCCAACAGAAAGAUCAUCCCUCCAAAGAAGGACAAAUUUAACCCUUUGAAAAUUGACAUGGCCAAAGUAAUACCUCUAACCUCGUCCCAACUCUCACUGCAGUGCCUAGAAUGUCACAUCAUCUUCAGUGACUCCAAAAGCAAAGAACGGCACCUUAAAAUGAGCCACCCUGCAGAAUAUCAGCAAUGCAUGCUGGGAGAUGCUCUCUUUACUUGCUAUGUUUGUGAUCAGCAUUUCACCACCUCCACAGAGCUCAUGGCCCAUCAACGCACACACACAGGUAAUGAGCGAUUCAAGUGCCCUUUUUGUAGUGAGGCCUUCUACAGAUCCUGUGAACUAACAAGUCACAAAAAAAAAAUUCACUUCAGCAAACAUGGAUACACCUGUGCAGAGUGUGGCAAGCCUUUCAAAACCUUUACUUUGCUCAGAUACCACCAACGGGUACACACAGAGGAAAAGCCUUUUGUUUGCAUACACAAACACUGUGGUAGAAAGUUUUCUGCAUCCAAGUCUCUUCAACACCACUUAGAAAAACAUCAGAAAGAAGAUAACCAGGAUAACCAGACAAAUGCUUCAAUCAGUUCAAAGAAAAAGAGGGAUAAAGGAAAAAAUGUGAGGAAAUUCCCAUGUUCACAGUGUGCUGCAGUCUUCAAGACUUCUAAAGCACAACUUCUUCACAUCAGAAAUAAACACUCUCAAGAGUCACAAAGUAGUGCUGUGAUGGUGCCACAACUAAAGCCAACUGGACUUGCUCUGACACAGACCGCAAAUGGACAAUCACAGACUCUCAUCAUGGAAACUGUUGGACAAACAACAGAGCGAAUGGAUAAGCUGGAUCCUGUGCAAAUAAAAAGGCUAAUUGAGAAACUUGGCAAUGUACAGAAAGUGAAUCAGUUGGUUAUAUUGCCUUUGCAGCCACACAACUUUGGGUCACCCCAUCAACAGCCAUUAAUGCAACCAUUACAUGUGAAUUUUACUAAAUCAACCAUUCAGCCAACACAAUGUAAGAAAUCUGACACAGACUCAUCAAAAACAGAGCGAAUUAACCUUCAGUUGUCUGCAGAAAUUGGAGAUUUGCAUCAAAAGGAAAAUGUUCUAUCACAAGAGGGAGCAAAUAUUUCAUCAGAAAACUCAGAGACCCUAGUAACAGCUGUUGAACUGACACAAACAGAGGUCCAAAUAGAAAUGGAUGAAAUUCACCUUGAACUUAUACCAGUGCAGACUGAUACUUCGGUUUUGCUGGAUCAAACAUCUUUACAGAGUGAAAAACCACAGAAUGAUUCUGUUAAUGAGAUGGCACAAAUAGCAGAGGAACAUUUAGAGAUGUCAUGUCCUGCACAAAUGCUAAAUUCAAAAGAAUUGUCAGUGGAAUCUGAGUCACUGGUGGUAAGUAAACAGUGUAAUAUAGUCAAAUUAAGUGAUCCUCAAGAACUUCAAGAAGUCCAAGAUCAAAAGGACCGAUCUAAAUCAGAGAAAGAACCAUCCAUGCCAGUGGAACCACAUUCUCAGCCCAAUUCUCUCAACAGUGUGCAGAAUGACACCGUAAUUGACCUUCAACAAAGCUCUGUGCUUACACAAGACAAGACUAGAGCCAGCUUACAGGAUUUCCGUUUUGUUCAGAAGAAACUUCCAACAAAGAAAAAAAAAUCUAAGAAACAAUUGGCUGACAAAAUAGAGACUAAGGAAGCAAGUAAAGUAUGUGAUGGUCAGCUAGCCUCAACCAAAAAAGUUGAUACUUCAUCAAAAGUAAUUACUAAAAAAAGGCAAAUAGCAAAAAGCUUGUUGUCAAAUUCGGACCAAGUGAGAAGAAAAAAUCCUCUAAACCGAAGGUGGUAAUAACCUCAAAAACCAAUCAAAACCAGAACCAGAAAAUUAGUGAUCAAGAUCAAAUUCCUAUAUUGUCUCAGCAUGUCAAUAAACUAGAUUUAAACCAAAAAGUGCAAAGAGAUAAAAAGGGAAAGGAGAUUGAAAGUCCUUCAGAAGCAGCAGUGAAGACAACAGCUCAAAUUACUAAUUCAUUAGACACUGUUUUGGCAGAAACAGAAGCAACAAAACAAGGGAAAUCCCAGAAGAGAAAAAUAAAGAAUCAAAACAGUUUGGACGAGAAGGCAAACUCAGUCCAGAAGGCUCACCAAAAUGAAACACUGGUACCUGUACAAAAGAAAAAGAAGCAGGGGAAGAAAUCUGAAGACAAAUGUCCCAAGAAACCCAAGGAUAGGAAGAGCCAAAGUGAUAACUUUAAGAAGAAUACCCACAAAUUACCCAAGCAUAAAGUUACAAAGGGAAAAUCUAGCCCUGAUGUUAUAGACCUGGCUCACAUAGAUAAACAAGCUUUGCUCAUAUUAAAAGGCCACAAGCAGCCUCAGCUGAAGGUGCACAAGUUGGAUGCUACUGAACUCAACAAAUCACCCCCAAACAAGCGUGAUAAGGUACUGAAAAAAACAAAACAAACAGCAAUCAAAUCCUUGAAUAUAGCACACCAAAAGAAAACAAAAUCAGGUGAGAUGCCCUCUGUUGAGAACAGCCCUGGUUCUGUGUCUACAAAGCCCAAAAUUGUACGGAAACGCAAAGCUCCUACAAAGACAGACCAAGAAAUUGCCUUGAGCCCCCCGUAUUCUCAAAUUACCCUUGGGUGCCAGGACUGUGGAAAGACAUUCUCAGAAGUGUCUGCUUUACAGGAACACAUGGCAUCCUGGCACUCAGCUGGAAAGGUGUCCUUCCCAGAUGAAACAUUUGAUGUUGCUAAAAAACGAAUCAUAAGACCUGGUCCUAAUGAAAAAUGUAUUUCCCCUAAUGUCUUUGAAAUUCAAGUUGCAACCGAUUGGGACAUGGAGACUGAGGUGGGGGAGAUUGUGGGAGAAAGACUAUCAUUCCCAGCGUUAAGUCAGUCUCCUUCUUUAACACUUGCUUCUGGUGGUGUUGAAGGAAAGGAACAAGCAGGAGUCAAAGAUUUUGAAGGAAUUGUUUCUGGACUUAAGCAGCCUCCUGAGCAGAAUCCUUUAGAAGCUUGUGAGAUUCCUUCCCAGGCUUCAACCCCAGAUAAUGUGUCAGAAAAAGAUCAGAGUAAUGGGGUCGAGUCUAUCACAGAAACAUCUUGCGCUCAACUCAAAGAUGCAGCAGAGGAAGAAAUUAAAGAAGAACUGCCUUCAGAGGUUAAUUUAGUAAUGGUUGGUGAAAACCAUGUGGAAGACAACACUCAGAUAAAUAAUGUUUCAGGUGACUCUCAAGAGCUUGAAAAUGAAGUGCACAAUCAAAGUUCUCAGUCUGCAAAAGAUGUCAGUGUAGUACUGACUCAAAAUUUUCUUACUGAACCAGAGAUAAAGCAAGAAGAAGAGGAGGUACUUGUACGCAGAGUUGAUGAUCAUAAAAGAGUGAUGGGAGAAAAUUCUGCAAUAAGAGGUAAGAAAGCAGUUGGAAGAAGCCAUAGCAAGAGACCAUUUGGAAGAAGAACUAGCAUAGAAAACAGAAGUAAAAAGAAAAUAGAAGGAAAUAAGGAGCCACAAGAUUGCAAGGUUCUCUAUCAUCUGUGUAUGCUUGAUACUCCGGAGGGAAAGAGCAAACAAAAUGACAAGAAUGGAGUUAAUGCCUCUGAAACUUGUCAACCAUUGUCUUCUGAGGAGGGUCCUGAGGAACAGGUUGUUUUUGAGUUGGAUUCUGUUACCACAAGUGUAAUGGAUAUUGUAAACUCUGGAGACAGUUCAUUUGAAGAAUCUAGAGAGCUGGUUCGAGACGGAAGUUCACCUGGAAUCAUACUGGAAAAAUUCUUUACUGCUCGAGAGAGAAAUAUGGAAAAUCCAAUCACCCAAAAUCAGAUUAGGGUCUCAUUAAAGACCAACUCCUCAUUGGAUACCAGUAAAGUGACUUCGCCUAACACAUCAGCUGAUGUUAAAGUAGAAGAACGUUCUACAAAUUUGGCUCAAAACAGUCUGAUUUCUUCUGAGAGUGGUGCAAUGCAAGGAGUACAAAUGUUUUUUGUCAAAGCGGAAGACCACUUAAUGACAAAUGAGACGUUUCAGCCCGUGGAUCAUCAUCGCUUUACAUGUCAAGAUAAGACCACUUAUAGGAACAGAGAUGGCACCUCUUCGGACUCUCAUGUAGUACCCCUGCAGUCCUGCAGCAAGCAAUGCACAUUUUAUCCUGUUAAGGAGGAAGAGAGGGAACAUUUAGUUGAGCCUCCUCAAGUGGAUCAGACAUUCUUGAAUUUGGGGGAACUUGCAGGGACUUCAUCUGGAAUUGAAGAAUGUGAGGAAGUCAGGGUAGGUUCGGUACAAAUGGACAUGCAAAAUCUAUAUACAGCAUCUGAAGAGGGUGAUGUUAGUGCUGAACGGCAAAGAAUUCAAGGCUUUUUAGAAUUCCUUUCAGAGAAUUCAGACAUGGAUGAUGCCGAUAAUGUCCACUCUGAACCAGAAGCUGAAACCAUUGUGAUGUCCUGUUACCAUGGUAUACAGAGUAAAGGUACAGUACAUCAAAGUGGUGUAGAGAGAUGUGGUCCAAGUGGCAGAACUUUCAGAAACAUGGGUGUCUCUCCAACAAGGCACACAGAACCAGAGAGGCAGCUCAACUGGAAGCCCAUUAACUACUUUAAUCAGUAUUUUAGUUUGGACACAUGGAAUGAAAUUGCUGUUUACACAAGGGAAACAUCAAAACUGCCAAACCUCAUUACAGAAAAAGAGGUUGCACAGUAUGUGGGAAUCCACAUAGCAAUGGGAACUCUGAAGUUUCCAAGCACAAAGCUCUACUGGGAAGAUUGCACACGAGUACCUCUAAUAUCCGAUGCCAUGUCGGCUUCAAAAUUCUGUGAGCUUGCUCGUAAAUUGAAGCUGGCCAGUUCUGGCGGAGCUUCAGUCGAAACGAGUAGUGAUCAGGAGUCUGACGAAAGGAAUAGAGACCAGCUAGAACAGAGUAAUGAAGCUCACAGUAAUGAGGAGGCACAUAAUUGCACAAACUUAAAGACCGAUCCUUUGUGGAAAGUAAUGCCACUGAUAAGAAGUGUUCAAGAUGGUUGUCAGGCACUGAAGCGACAUGGAAACUAUGGAGUCGACCAGUACCCCCUUCCCUUUCAAAGACACCCAACCCAUUCAUUACUUCACACGGUUGUCAUAAAUGGUGAAGGAUUGGUUGUGGACUUCAUCUUGAGUGUAGAUGACUCCAAUAGAGAAGAUGUAGUUGAGAAAAUGGUCUCUAUAGGUAAGGAGAGAAAUGAAGGGAUGGUGUUUCUUUGCAAACCAGAGCUUUCUACACCUUCUAUGCUAGAGCAUCUUCUAGCUGCUGGGGUGCAAAGCGCUGGCAAGGUUGGUGGGGCAAGAGGGCAAAUAGGAGAUGAGUUUGUGAGCUCGGAUGGAAAACUCAAGCUUUUCAGGUGUCAUCAUGGCUUUAUACUUUCAGCAGUCGUAAAAGAAAAAUGUCAUUCAACAUCUCUUGUCAGUGGCUUUGAGCGAGCAAUAAAGUUUGCAAAUCUGAACCGUGACUUGAGAAGUCUUUAUCGCACACCCUGCACAAACUCGGCAGUCAGUGCUUGGCCGCAGUCUGUUCUCUGGGACUUGAUCGAUCUGGUUUUAGUAAAUGCAUGGAUACAGUACAAGCAAGAUUACAGUCAUAUUACAGAUCUGUUAUCACUAAUGGCAUUUCGUUUGGAGGUGGCCAAAGCAUUAAUUCUCUCCAGUGGUGUUGACGCACAAGACUCAUCAACUCCCUGCCCUCCUGCUCUAAAACUACAUGGCCCAUAUACAAACUCAAGACCUUCCCAGGUUUUUGAGACCCCUUUGCCUGAUGAACAUACACGGUUUGAUGGCUUUGGGCACUGGCCAGAGCAGCUGGCAGAGGGCGAGGAGGCCAGGAGGUGUCGAUUCGGGGGCUGUGAGAGGACAUCACGUGUGCGGUGUCUUAAAUGCUGUGUGUUCCUGUGCAUUUCUCGAAACCACAACUGCUUCCUGAAGUUUCACAGUGAGGGGUCUUCAUGAGGCAUACAGACUGUGCCCAUUUUAACUUAAACUUUUACUCAUUUGCUUAAAUAAGAUUGUUAAUUAAGUUAUUGCUCAUCAUGACUAAAAACUAAUCCUGAACCAUCCAUGUCUAUUCUUGUCCAGGCUUUGUAGAUUUUAUUCUUGUCAAAUAAGCCCAUUUCGAUGUAUAAGGAAUGUUAUAUUGUGAUUGUUAUUUUUUAUUUUUAUGUUCCUACUAAAAAAAAUAUUAUAUUUCAAGACUAGCCAAAAAAUUGAAUGUGUUUCUUCAUUGUUUGGUUUCAUUUUAGAAUGUGAUGUUUUUAUUGAUUCCUGCUUGUUGUGCUUUGUAAAGGCAUCAAUUUAUUUGUAUAAAAUAAAAGCUUUUACAUUAA